UGCGAGAGGGCAACGAAAUCCGCCUCUUCCACCCUCUAGCCCUCUCUGUGUGUGUGUGUGAGAGAGAGAGAGAGAGAGAGAGAGAGAGAGAUAGGGGGGGCGGCGGAUGCAAGAGGUCGUGGUAUGCGAUUCCUGAGCAACACAACUUUUGCGUUCAACUACUCAUGCAGUUCUAAAAAGUUUGUUCUGACGUUUUUGAAAGAUCGCGACUGUUGUGGUGCACGUUUUGACAUUCGUUUUGGCCAGCUCCUGUAGCCAACUGAGAUGCAGUAAAAGAUAUGGUAGGUGAUAUACCUGAAAUUGGGAGGAAGACAAGUUGCAAUUGUUAUAGGAGGUGCAUCCCCUGUUGUGUGUGCUCUUGUGGGUCUGUGAUGGCAGCGUUCCGCGGCGUGUGGACACAAGACUUCUGGCGUGCCGUCUUCGGCGAACUUCUGGCCAUGACCCUGUUUGUCUUGCUGAGUCUGGGCUCCACCAUAGCCUGGGGUUCCCCAACGAACGCCACCGCCCCAGCCAGCAGCACCUCACCCACUCACCCUCCUGACCUGGUGCUAAUCUCCCUCUGCUUUGGCCUGGCUAUAGCCACGCUUGUCCAGUGCUUUGGCCACAUCAGUGGUGCCCACAUCAACCCGGCCGUCACCGUGGCAAUGGUUGCCACGCGGAAACUGAGUCUGGCCAAAGGGGUGUUCUAUGUGGGGGCGCAGUGCGUGGGGGCGAUGAUUGGGGCAGGGAUGCUGUACGCCAUCACUCCAGAGGCUGUCAGGGGUGGCCUAGGAGUCACUAAGGUGAACCCUGGCAUGUCGGUUGGCGCUGGUCUUUUAGUAGAGCUCCUCAUCACGUUCCAGCUGCUCUUUACCAUCUGUGCCACCUGCGACCCAAAGCGGACUGACCUGAAGGGGUCGGCAGCCCUGGCCAUCGGCCUGUCUGUGUGCACUGGACAUCUGUUUGCUAUUCCAUACACCGGAGCUAGCAUGAAUCCAGCUCGAUCAUUUGGACCAGCGGUGGUCACCGCCAGCUGGGAAAACCACUGGGUAUAUUGGGUCGGCCCCGUAAUCGGGGGACUCCUUGCAGCGGCCAUGUACGAGUACCUGCUGUGUCCGGACUCCAAAAUGAAGCAGCGCUACUCACAAGUGUUCUCACGAGGACGCUUCCCCUCUGAGCCGCUAGUGGUAGCUGACCCGGACCUCGGAGACUUUGCAGAGAAGCAGCCGGCCUUCACAGUGCUGGACGUGGAGCGUGCCGAGAGGCUGGAGCAGCGAGAGCGCGCGCCCACAGGCGAGGUGCUAUCUUCAGUAUGACUAGUGAGGGUCAGGGAGGGGGAGGACAAGAGCACCGGAGCAGAUGCUGCUAAUCCUAAUGUGAAUGCUAAAGCUAACGCUAAGCUGCGCUACUCAACUAUAGCACGGCUUCAAGAGACUGACCUGCUGUAAGAGACGGACCACAACACAGGGUGUGUGUGUGUGUGUGUGUGUGUGUGUGUGUUUGAGUGUGUGUGUGUGUGUGUUUAAGUGUGUGUGUGUGUGUGUUUGAGUGUGUGUGUGUGUGUGUGUGUGUGUGUGUGUGUGUGUGUGUGUGUGUGUGUGUGUGUAUGUGUGUGUGUGUGUGUGUAUGACUACUUGCAGUGGUGUACAUCUGCUUGCCUCAUUGCUACUCUGUCCUCAGACUCUGUAUCAAGCCCUCUGCAAUCAAUCAAAGUGAUUGAAAGCAAUGCUUUACAGACCGACAGACUGUCAAAGACACAUAAAGAAACACACACACACACACAGGAAAGCACACUUAUAUACAACAGAUAUCUUAAACACAAACACACACACACACACACACACAUACACACACACACACAAACACACACACACACACACACACACACACACUUCUGAAUAUACUGACUGCAUACAGUACUGGCACUGUCAGGCAAGUCACAUACAGACAUGGGUGCUGUCCCUCAAAUGUAAGUAGGCACACAUCCCUCAGAACACACCCUCAGAACACAUCCCUCAGAACACACCCUCAGAACACAUCCCUCAGAACACACCCUCAUCCAUCAGAACACCCUCAGAAUCCUAAGAAAUCACAAGCUGAGAUUUUAGUGUCCUCUUAGUGUCCUCUUCAGUGUAUCAUGUGAUUUUAGUGUCUCAUCCUCUCCAACUCCUCAUGUCCAUUUUUCCAUACAAUGACCUUUAAACCCUACCCAACUCCUCCUCAGGGCACAUUGAAUGAGAGUCUCUAUGCUAUGUAAUUUUGAUUUGCAUUGUAUUGUUGUUGUUCAGUUUUGUAGACUCUAUUUCUCUGACAUAUCUCACAUCAUAGUGCCUUAGCCCCAGAUUUAAAGACGUCAUGUCACGGUCACUGCAGGGCAGGGUAGCCUUUAGGAAAGGCUCUGCCUCCAAUCUGACUAGACGACAGAUGGCAUUUGUGCCUUAUAGACCAGCAUGCAUGACUGCCAUACUUUAUAAAAAAUAAAUCAGAGGGCUGCUUUAUAUUUUAGACCACUGACUUUAGAUUAAUUUACUGUAUGUAUUAUUUUGUAUUGUAGACCACGGGUAUAAUAGCUUUACUGAACAAUGGACCUGAUUUUAUUUAGAUUAUAGAGACUUUGGACAUACCAUAUGGAAUAAAUAGGCCUGCAUGUGGUGUGAGAAAAUAAUAUGUGAUUAAAUACUAUGAAUUACUAGAUUAGAAAUAAGAAUACUAGAUUAUUAGUGGAUUGUGGUGGACUAAUUUCUAGGAGUGAUUUGUAUUUAUUUUAACUUUUGACCACUUCUUAAAUGUGAAACUGUUAUUACGUACUUGAUUAGCACUGUUUCUGGAUAAGUAGCUAGUGAUUGAUUGUUCAACAUUCUAUUGAAAAUUGAUUGACUUUAACAAACCCUUUCCAUCUACAGACACAUGGACACACAUACACACUUACACGCACGUACACAAACACACACACACACACACAAACACACACAAUAUCCAUGUAAUUGUAUUUUUUCAUGUUCUUUCCAGCAUGUUUUUUAUGUCCAUAUUUUGUUUCUUGGUGUUUUAUGCCCCCGACGUUGUCUUCAAGGCAGCGCUGUCGGGAAGGCACUAUGGUUAGCCAGGGGUUAGGGUUAGGUUUAGGACAAGAUGCCUUUAGGUCGACGGUGGCCGCGCUGCCUGGCAGACAACGUUGGGGGCAUAAAACACCAUCGAGCCCAUAUUUUACAGGGAAGGAGUAUUCAUUUGUGCACUGAAUUCAUGAAUGGCUUUGUGUACUGAAUUAUAUCUUAAAUUAUGUAUCUUAAAUACAUUGUCUCUGUAUUUGCUGGUGUUUUUAUGGUUGUAAAAGCCCCUGGGGUUUCCUCACAAAUUCUUGCAUUUUCUCAAGGUUGCCAGUAGAGGGGAGCAGAGGAACACCUUAGUUACCUCCUUUGAAGAAUUUGUGGUUUCAGUACCCACUUUUCGAACCGACAGGACUUUGUUUUACCACCACCACCCCUUCACACACACACACACACAGACACGCACACCAUACACACACACACACACACACACGUUUAUCUCUCACUCUAGAGAUGAAAGGAUGCAGACGGGGAGGGACUCCUGGCGUUAGCUUUGCUGGCUCCCUGUCUUCACUUCCUUUUCCCCUCAGCUAUUUAUUAAAAUUUAAACCCUAAUCACUCCAUUUAAUGAAUGUUAAUUUAAAAAAAAGAAACAUUUCCAGAUAGCCUUUUUAAAUAUUUAAAGUCCCUUUCCUUGGAGGGACUUACUGUAUUACAGUCCAACAUUCCUUAUAUUAGCAUAGAGAGAUCAUAGUGUGCUAUCAGGGCCGAUUGUAAUGGUCCAGAUGACCUGAGCUACACUUCUUCCAGGCUACUGCUGCAGACAAGUGGAGUUUGAGAAGGGUGUGGUGACUUACUGGCAUCCUGAAUCGUGGCCUAGAGCAAGCUCCUGCUAACAAUGGGCAAUUAAAUAUGGAAAUAUUCAUCAAAGCAUCUGUGUGUGUGUGUGUGAGUAUGUUUGGUGUGUGUGUCUGUCUGUGUGUGUGUUUAGGGUGUGUUUGCAUUGGGGUCAUAAAUAUUAAUUAUAUUA